AAUAUAUAUGUAUGAAUCUAUAUCGGCGUGAAUAGUCUUCUAUUGAUCAGACAUCAACUCUUAGUUAUGAUACCAAUGGAGACAUACAAGUAGGAAAGACUGUCGAAGCUCUUGAUAAUCUGCAACUGACUACAUAAUGUUCAAGUCAAUAUGGGAUAUCGCUUUCAUGGCUUAUAACUUUGGUUGGUCUGGUGUCUUGAUGGGAAUAUAAUGUAUGAAGCUAUAUGUUUUGGCGGGAAAAGUCUUCUAAUGAUCAGAUAUCAACUCUUUAAUGAUACGAAUAAAAGUAAGGCCAUCGAAAUUCUUGAUAAUCUUACUGACUACAUAAUGUUCAAAUCAAUAUGGUGCCUCGCUUACUAUGAAUAGUGUAUAUGAUGGAAUCAUACGUUGGUUUGAAUGUUGGCGGGAAAGUUUAUAAAACCUCCCAAACAACUCUUACCCGCGACCCCAACAGUUUCUUCGCUUUACUACUUGAUGGUCGCGUACCGUCUGCCAAAGAUGACCGAGGACGAUACAUGAUUGAUCGUGACGGGGAACUCUUUCGGCAUGUCCUCAAUUACUUAAGACUGCAGAAGCUAGUGUUACCAGAUGGAUACAACGAGCAAGAGCUUCUGCUGCAUGAGGCGGACUUCUUCCAGCUAGACUCUAUGAAGAGAGAGUUGCAAGCUCUGAUUAGAGAUGUGGAUAAUGUUCACUCGCCAUCGGAAGUGAUCAGAUUGAGUGUAGGUGGAAAACUCUUUCAGACCACUCGCGAAACUUUACAAAGGGAACCGCAGUCGUUUUUCACCGCUAUGCUCAAUGGGGAGACCCUGACUCAAAGAGAAGCCACAGGGACUUACUUAAUCGAUAGGGACGGGGAGAAAUUCCGCGACGUUCUAGAAUACCUAAGACUCGGCUGGAUACUACUAGACGACGUCAAGCACAGCCUUGAAGUUCUCCGAAUCGAGGCUAACUUCUUCAAUCUGAAAAUCCUGAAAGAACACAUCAAAAGCUUGCAUCGCCUUCAGUCAAAUCCCCUGAGGACAGUUCAACCUUCAAUGGAUCUUUACUACUUUCUUGAGAGCAGGUUCUGCGUGGUCUACACCAAUACCAAAGACCUGGUGGGGAAAACGUGCUUUUUGCCUCUGACUCCUGACAGUUUUUAUACUACAUGUGGACGGGUAUUUACCGUGUCUUUCUUCCUUGAGAGAAGCAAAGGGGGGACCUCCACCGGGGAGAGUCAUACGAUACCAGGGUACGGAAAGAGUGUCGUCAGUUACCCUUCAAACAAAGAAGAACUAAUGAUGUACAUUGGACACAGAACACAGAUAUGGGAUUAUUCAAAGAUACAGUUGAAUGCUGAUUGUUACAAGUUUAUCCUUUGAAGCAAGAUAAGAUAUUAGUAGUUCUAAGACAGUGCAGGCAUACUUGAAUUCUGACUGUUACCGUAUAUAGCUACAUGUAUAUGCCUAUAUGACUGUAUGUAACAUUCAUGUAUGUAGGGCCAAAUGAUUUUUCUUUCUCAUUUAUAACAAAUCAUAUGGAAAACUUGGGUUAUAUACAUACAACUGGUCAGUGGAGUAAUAAGUAAAAAUGUUGAAGGGG